AUGGACAAAACAUACGACUAUUUAUUCAAACUCUUACUCAUCGGUGACUCCGGAGUGGGAAAGACAUGCAUUUUGUUCAGAUUGACCGAAGAUGCCUUCAGCACCACUUCCAUCUCAACCAUCGGCAUAGACUUCAAGGUCCGGACCAUUGAAUUGGACGGCAAGAAGAUAAAGCUCCAGAUAUGGGACACCGCAGGACAGGAACGGUGUCGCGUCAUACCGACGGCCUACUAUAGGGGAGCGACGGGUGUUAUGUUGGUCUAUGAUGUGACGAACGACAAGUCCUUCGCCAACAUCAACAACUGGAUUCGCGAUAUCGAAGAGCACGCGUCCAGUGAUGUCGAGACAAUGAUUUUAGGCAACAAAUCCGAUGUCAAUGACAGGCGACAAGUGUCCCGCGAAACGGGCCAACAGUUGGCCACCGAGUAUGGCAUCAAAUUCAUGGAGACCAGCGCUAAGGCCAGUGUCAACGUCGAGGAGGCCUUCUUCGCCUUAGCCAAGGAUAUCAAGACAAAGACCGACAAACAAUUGGCGAGUCAUCCGCACAGCACUCGCAACACACUCUUCCCCUAUACUCCCAAUGCCCACCAUUGUUGCGGUAAGCAGGGUUGCAAAUAA